GUUUUGUCGUGUUGCGGCUCCCUGAACUUUGACCCUUCGGUAACCUUCAGUGAGCAAAUGUGGGGAAACUUUUAUUAUCUCCGGUGGAACCAGAAGCCCUAAACCGGCGUGGAGAUACUGUAGUCAUAUGCAAUGGCUAAAUAUCUUGCACAGAUCAUAGUGAUGGGAGCCCAGGUGGUGGGACGAGCGUUUGCACGAGCUUUACGACAAGAAUAUGCAGCAAGUCAGGCGGCGGCGCAAGCCCGGGGUCGUUCAGGUCAGCAGUCUGCUGCAGCCUCCAGCAUCACUGGGAUGAGCCUGCAGGAAGCCCAGCAGAUCCUCAACAUCUCCACUCUCUCUCCCGAGGAGAUCCAGAAGAGCUACGACCACCUUUUUAAAGUCAAUGACAAGGCAGUAGGCGGUUCAUAUUAUCUACAAUCAAAAGUGGUACGAGCUAAAGAGCGUCUGGACGAGGAAUUAACUAUUAACACACAAGAAAAACAGCAGUCACGGCAGAAUACGGAAACAUGAAGGACGAAAGCCCGCCUGUCCGUCGCUCCAUGUCCAUCCUUCCCUCCAUCCUCUGUAAAUUAUAUCCCAAUAAAAGCCUUCCUCUUUUCUUUA